CGCGCUGCUUCGGGCAGUAGCGAGCCGUCUGCCGUUGUGUGGGGUUUAGCUAGGCGGAAAAUUUGCACACGUAUUCGUAAGAGCGAAUUGCGCUUUCUCGCGUGACACGUAUCCCCCUUUCGCGUCUCCUCCUCGCACGACGAAAAUCGUCCACAGUUUCACGCGUUGCGUCGCGAAUCGACGUGAGCGGACCGUAGAGAUUCGACGAGGGCAGCGGACAGACGAGCGCAGCCGAAGAUGUGCGGCGGUUUUACGUGCUCUAAAAAUGCUCUGACAGCGCUCAACAUUCUUUAUAUCGUUGUUGCCUUUAUACUGAUAGGAGUUGCUGUAUAUGGAAAAGCAUCAGCCUUAGUCACAAAUCUCCCUAUUAUUGGUGGCAUUUUAGCAUGUGGAGUGAUCCUGAUUCUAAUCUCCAUACUGGGCCUGAUUGGUGCUGUUAAACACCAUCAGGUUUUACUGUUCUUUUACAUGCUUAUCUUAUUCCUUUUAUUCCUCAUUCAAUUCAGCAUCGCUUGCGCUUGCCUCGCUGUCAACACUAAACAACAAGAGCAACUGGCAGAGCAGGGUUGGAUGCGUGUUGACAAGGACUUGCAGAUCAAAGUCCAGAACACUUUUAAUUGUUGUGGAUUUAAUAAAACUCACGAUUCAGAAGUUCCUUGCGAUGAAGUCAAUAGAAUUUGUUGUGAAGCAGUCGACAUUGAUUUACCUUGUCCGCCUUGUCCCACAUGUAUUCAUAAACUGCAAUCUACCAUUGACUAUGCUUUCAAGUUGUGUGGCAGCAUAGGAUUAUUCUUUAGCUUUACAGAGUUCGUUGGUGUAUGGUUGACCGUGCGCUACAGGAACCAGAAAGAUCCACGAGCUAAUCCUAGUGCUUUCCUCUAGUCUAACACCAUCGCCAUGUCCUCUGUCACUUCAUACGAUCCUCCUAACAGAUGGUGAUUGCAGCUUUCUUGGCGAGACGUUAUCGAAAUCAAUUAGAUCCGCAAGAAAAGGCUGCAAGAGCCAUUUUCCCGCAACAUGAUUAUUUAUACUGAUACGGCGACAUACAUUUGCAAAGAAAUGAUUAUUCUUUCUUUUUUCUCCGUGCAAUUGACGCAAUAUUCUUAUCGAGUCUCAGGAGGAUAAAAAUAUCAUUGUCAUUUUAUCAACAUCAUUUUUGAUUGCCCGAAUAUGUUAUGUAACGUCAUGUCAUUUCUUAAAGGCUGAAAUUUAAAUUCUUCUCGAAUGUUGCAAUGGUUGUAUAGCCGUAAUGCUCAACAGAAAUAGAGACGCAUUCCUUUUUUUUUUCAAUCGGGCAAUUAUAGAUUUUAGAUCGAGUUAGACAAAUAAUAAUUGAAAUGUGUGCUCUAGUCAUACACUUAGAACACUCAUACUAAGCCUCAAUGCGCCUUGUAGUUUAGAGACAAAGAAAACAAAACCACGUAAGUAUAUCUUUAUUAAAUUUUUUUAUUUUGUUUUCGUCAAUGAAAAUGAAAGUGGUGAGAAUUUAACAUAACACUAUGAUAUUUAAUUGAAUAAUGUGGACACAUCACUUUAACCAUGGGCCUUUAAUCAUGGGCCGAUAUAAAUGGAGUGAGAAAUAAGCGAUUUAAUCUUUUUUUAAUAUUUUUUUUUAUGGAAGGGUAUGUAGUUUAUCACGGUAACGACAUAGAUAAUAAUAUCGAUGAUCGUGUCAUAAUCAUAUUUUUCUUGUAUGAAUAACAUCAUAUUAUAUAUAUACGUAACUAUUCAACGAUAUAAUAUUUAGAAAUUUAUAUCUUCCCGAACGAAACAAAUUUUGUCAUAUCGUCUUUGAGUAUUUUUGGAUAACUUUAUAGUAUUUUUAUGUAUUCGAAAAGAUAGCGUGUUACUUUAUAUAUCUCAAAUUUUCUAUAGCGCUACUAUGCACUUUUUUUUAUACGAAAAAUUUUCAUCGAAAUAAUCAAAUAAGAUUCUAUUCUACUUCUAUACAUUCAAAUACUAACUUGGAUGAAGUUAGACUUAUGUUUUCCUGACAGGCAUUUCAAAUUUAUAACUAUCUUUACGUUUUGAUAUUUGUUUUUAUACUUGCUUGUUACAUCAUGUAGAUGCUAUACGUGAAAAAAAUAUUACGAGAAAUUACAUAAAAUAUAAAUAAACAUAUAUCAAAUCUUACUGUAUGGUAAUGCCAUCCGUGAUAAUAUGAAAUCUAUCAUAUAUUUCAAGUUUCAUGUACUAAAAAUAUCCAAUACGAGUGCUUUGCUUGAAACAAAUUCUGAUUGUGCACUAUGAUAAAAUUUAUAAAUAAUAAGCUGAAUGUAAGAUGUCCUAAAAGGCCUGGUGGGAAGUUAUUGAUGAAUUUUGUAAGUCUUAUUUUUCUCCUUGCAUAAUGCAGGAUUUUUAAUGAAUUCUUUUUGCGGAUUUUUAAUCUUUAACGGUCCAUAACUUGAGAUAUUCAAGCCAUUUCGUUGACUUACAACUCAACUUAUGAUUUAUAAGUUUAAAAACAGAGAUUAAAAUAAGGUUAAAAUAGAGAUUGCAUUUUAAUUAAAGAGAAGUGUUUACUUACUAGAAGGUGUCUUUUGCGAAGUAAUAUCCUGCCAGGUCUUUCUCGGGCAAUGUAACGAGAGAAGUUGUGUCUUUACAAGGAACAUGACUUCAAUUUGCAUGGAAAUAUUGUACGUUUACAUCGUGCCGGUUCUAGACAUUAGAAAAUAUAGCAUAUUUUCUAUCCAAUCCUAUCACACGUGAAACGUAGACGGGAUGAUUAUUGCUGUUAAUUUUUGUUAAUGUCACGUUAAUUUUAUUGUUUCGUUUUAUGCGAAGUUCCAUAUCAAAGAGGCUAUUAAAGUAUGGUCAUUGUCUUCGCAAUUCAAUGACGGAUUGAACUCGUUGUUAUGUGUUGGUAAGAUCAAUUAAAACUUGACAGUUACGGUGAUCGGACACGCAAAAACGAGAUUCGCGCAAUUCGUUAUUGGACGAUAAAAUUAUAUAGUUUAAUGUGUCGUGCAAAAUAUAUGUGAAAAUUCCUUUAAUA